AUGCGUGCCGGUAUCCCAUUAAUACAAUCGCUGCAGCUAAUUAAUGGCAGUAUUAAUAAAAUUGGGAUGAAGCGCAUUGUAACCCAAGUAAAAGCAGACAUUGAAUCUGGACUUAGUUUUGAUGAAGCCCUAUCAAGACAUCCCCACGUGUUUGACCACUUAACAUGCUCUUUAGUUCGUGCGGGCGAAAGCUCUGGUACGUUGGAUGGUAUGUUGUUGCGUAUUGCAGACUAUAAAGAAAAAAGCGAACUGACCAAGGCCAAAGUUAAAAAAGCACUCAAAUACCCACUUACAGUUCUAUUGGUUGCUUUAGUUGUGACCGUUAUUUUAUUGCUUAAGGUAAUUCCAGUAUUCAAAGAUCUAUUUGAGUCCUUCGGUAGUGAAUUACCCGCUUAUACACAAAUGGUUGUGAGCCUAUCCGACUUCAUUAAAGAAGACGGCAUCUUCCUCCUAAUUGGAAUCAUUGCAAUUAUUUUUGGUCUUAAAAAUUUCUACAAUCGCAGUCCAAAAUUUCGCAAUUCCCUUGCUGAAUAUUCAUUACGCAUACCCGUAUUUGGCUCACUGAUCUACAUGGCUAUCAUUGCACGUUUUAGCCGCACACUGGCAACAACAUUUGCUGCAGGUGUACCUCUUUCUGAAUCUCUCAUUAAUGCCGGCCAAGCGACUGCCAACGUUGUAUAUGAAGAAGCUGUUGAAGAAAUUCGCAGCGAUGUUGUAAAUGGUCAGUCUCUAUUUUUUGCUAUGCGCAACAGCGCAAGAUUCCCAGACAUGGCAAUUCAAAUGACAUCAAUUGGUGAGGAGUCCGGUAAAUUGGAUGAGAUGCUUGAUAAAGUUGCAUCACACUAUGAAAGUGAAGUGGAUAACGCCGUAGACGGUAUUACAGCAAUGCUAGAACCAUUAAUCAUGGCUGUAUUGGGUGUCUUGGUGGGUGGACUUGUUAUCGCGAUGUAUCUGCCUAUCUUCCAAAUGGGUGCCGUGGCUUAA